UACCCACCUGCCUUCCCCUCCCUGCCUCAAGCCACCCCACCUGCCUUCCCCUCAUUCCCCUCCCUUCAUCAACUCAACCGCCCUGACACUGUUAGGGCGGGUCUUGGAAGGCUUUUUCAGCCCUACAAAAAAAAGAAAAAAGAUUUUGCACAACCAUGGGGGCAUAGGUUUUUUUGUUGUGCCUCUACAGUCCAAAUUCAAAUUCCAACGGUAGAGGAGACCUCCAGCCUCCAGGCAGCUGGCCUUGGAACAAAACAAGUCAUCUUCCCAGAUGUGCGAUGCACAUCUGGGCAAUUCAUUGCAGUCUUAGAAGAUGUUUUUCCACCCCUAAAACUAGCGGGAGGAUUCAAGAUCAUGAGGAGCUGCCGCAGCAGGGAUCUGAUUGUCAUUCCUAUGCCUGCAGGGGGCUAUACAGUGAGCUUUCUGAAAAACAACAGCAGCCUAAAUAAGGCAGUGGCCUAUAUAGUCCCCAUACAGCAUAACCUCACUUUAAAGGAGGUUGAAAAUGAGGACGACGUGGGGCAUCUCUACCCUCAGGAGAUGUGCUGCAGGUGUAACUCUGCAGUUCCGUUGCAUCUUUUGCAGAGCCACCUGCAGAACUGCAACAGCAGCAUUGGAACAAUGGGGACCGACUCCAGCAGGACGACUAUUCAGCAGCAGAGCACAUGGUCCAUGAGGAUUUGCCUGUUGCAGAAUCAUCAGUUGCUUUUCAACUGCCGGCAAGCUGAACCUGUUAAAACAUGGCAGGUUCCAAAGGGCCUGACUGCUGCUGGCUUUGUCGCAUACUUAAAGUCAGUUUACCCCCAAAUGGAGAGGAGAACAUUUCAGUUCUGCAAAGUUAACCGCCAUAGGGUCCUGAUCUCCCUUGAGGAGAAAACCCCUGAACAAUUACGGUCCAGUGGAGUGUUGGGUCGUUCGGCUCUAUAUAUUCGCCCUGAGGUUAAGUAUUGUUCUUUAUUGAAUUUUUCUGUUGUUGUACAAAAUAGAUUAGAUAGAUAGAGAGUGAGUUCCAAGAGAAAAUAAUUAAUGGUGUUUUCCCUUUCUCUGCACAAAAGCAUACAUGAGAAAUUGUCAUGCACUUAGUAAUGUAUUUGAAGUGCACAAUACAAAUAAAUUAUAACUAUUGUUUUGUGUGUAAUCUCACCCUUUAUGCAUCUGGAACAUCAAAUCAGACAAGUGAUGAGGAUGAAGGAAUGCUGGUAAGUUUACUUAACUAAGCUGUUAUUAUCUGUGACAUACAGUAAAUGAAAUAGUACAAUAAACUGGCAAAUAGUAAAUUAGAUACCACCUUAUAGUAAGGAUGACAAAUUUAUCCAGUAAAUCAAAAUUAUUUUCUCUCCAUAGCCAACAUACAUCAUUUAUGAUUAGAAGGCAUAUGUAUUUAAUUCACUAAAACUUCUGAAGGGUUAACAGAUUGGAAAGUAUACUUAACUGUGUGCACCCCAGUUA